AUGUGGCUCACUACUAAGACGUACAUCACCAGUAUCACGAAAGAUAUCCACGAGCCAUCCAUCGAAUGCGAGUUGGCGACGUUGUGUCUACAGUACCUCACCUUUCCCUGUUUCGACGUCGACGACCCGGAUGAUCAAGCGCAACGUCGACAAUACGUAUUGGACGGAUCGAUUGCUUUCCAGGACUAUGCCAUCGCGAAAUGGUUCCAUCAUGUCAACGCUUGGGUAGGCCAAGGGGAGAGGUUCCUCGACGAGGCAAACGACGUGGCAGGUCAAUUACAAAGCAUCUUUAAAGCCAUGGAUGAUUUCAUGACGCGUUAUGGCGACGUGGACUGGUCCAACGGCCUGGUGGACGACUGUAAGGCCAAGUGCAGGGUAUUCGAGCAUCUCGACCUCCACGAUCAUCUAGUGGGGCUCACUAGCCACAUCUACACGUUCCAGCAGAAAGGCUUCGAUGCACAACACAAGAUCAGCAUUGAAGACCUCUCCAAGGCCUUAGAUCGGAAUCGGAAGGCUCUUGAGACAAUUCCCAAGAGCAAGUCUGGCCCAACUGCACACGAGAAGGAGGCGUACAAAAGAUUCUACGACGAGGAAAGGCGGUUCAAGUGCACGAGGAUCACAUGCAGAUACUUCUCAGAGGGCUUCAAGGAUGAAAAGGCUCGCAACCGACACGUCAACAUUCACGAAAGACCGUUCCAGUGCGAAGUUCCAGAUUGCCUGGGCGCUGAAGGAUUCGCCAACGCGAAAGAUUUGGAGCGACACACACGCGCGUUCCAUCCCGAGAUGAGUGAUUUAGCUGAGAAGUUCAUUACUGCUACAACAAAACGCGAGGCAUCGACCCACGCCUGCACGAUGUGCGGCAAGACGUUUUCGCGCAACUUUCAUCGCAAGAAUCAUGAGCUCAGCCAUCGAGGGGAAAGGCCGCACGAGUGUCCGGAAUGCGGCAAGGCUUUUACGAGGCUGAACGAUCUCAAGAGACACCAGAAGAUACACGAUAGAAAGUAG